AUGUCGCGAAUCAUUGAUAACUUUCCCCAACCCAAGACCAAGGCUCAGGUCAAGGUCAUUGUGGCAACGGCCAGCAGAACAGGAACUCUGAGCGUAUAUGAAGCCAUGAAUAUUUUGGGCUACAAGACAUACCACAUGAGGGAGUGUCUUCGUAAAGGCGGCUUGCCGCACAUGGAGAUUCUCAUGGAGGCUGUCGAGGCACAACAUCAUCAUGGCUCGUCGGGAAUCAAGCGGUACAGCCGGCAAGACUUUGACAAGUGGCUGGCCGAGUACGAUUGCCUCGUAGAAAUUCCCUUCUUCAUCGGUUCUGGGCUACUCGAGGCCUACGCCGACGACCCAAACAUCAAGUUCAUAUUGACCGACCGCGAUCCUGACAAGUGGGUGACGUCUAUUAACAAGACGACUGGCGAGAUUGUCAUCAACGAAGCCCGUUUUCCGCUCAAUGUGUUGAAGUACUUCAACAGAGAGUUGCACGGAUUUCUUGCGUUGAACAAGGCUCUUUAUGGAAAAUUUGCUCAAGACACCCUGCCAGGGGAUAGAGACAACAGGGCGGCCGUGCGAAAGAAUUACGUGUCGUACAUUGAAAUGGCCAAGCGUGUUCUUCCUGCAGACCGGCUCCUGUACUUUCAUCUUGAAGAUGGUCUCGGCUGGGAGCAAAUCUGCCCGUUCCUGGGUCUGCCUAUUCCUGACCAGCCGUUCCCCGUUCCUCAUUCCCAGGAAAACUUCAAAAGGGGGAUCGAUGGCUGGAUGAAGCCUCGGAUUCAGAGUGCCAUGAUGAAGCUGGCUGCCGUGGUCGUUCCAGUGGCGGGGAGUCUGGCAUAUUUUGGAAUCAAGUAUGGACCUUGGUUCGCCUUUAGGCUGGGCCUGUCAGGAUGUAUCAUGAAUGUUGGCGGUGAGGCAGCAUAUACGGCUGCCGAGGAUGAAAUGUAG